AUGGUAGCUAUCAAACAAGGGUUCUUGAAGGAAGAGCUUUGUGUGGCCAUCUCUGCGUGUCAGGAAAUUCAAGUGUACAUUGCAAAGUGGUUGCAAGUGAUCCUUUACAUUACAAAGGAUCUCAUUGGCAUUUACACAGGUCAACCAGGGCUGGUAGAGGCAGGAUCAGGAGAAAGUGCUGAGUACAAGAGAAGGACUAAAUAUGUUCAGAAAAGUCUUAAUCCUGAGUGGAAUCAAACAGUAAUUUAUAAAAGUAUCUCCAUGGAACAGCUCAAGAAGAAAACAUUGGAGAUGACAGUCUGGGAUUAUGAUAGAUUUUCUUCCAAUGAUUUUCUUGGUGAGGUAUUGAUUGAUUUAUCUAACACAUCUCACCUCGAUAACAUGCCUAGGUGGUAUCCUCUCAAAGAACAGACUGAAAGCAUUGAUCAUGGCAAGCCCUAUUCCAGUCAAAGCAGCCAACAGUCCCCAAAGCCGUCUGUCAUCAAGAGUAGAAGCCAUGGUAUCUUCCCUGAUCUAUCCAAGGAAAUGCAGGUUCCCACCAUUGAGAAAUCCCAUAGUAGUCCCGGUAGCUCGAAAUCCUCAUCCAAAGGCCAUCUCCGCUCUCAUGGACCAUCUCGCGGUCAAAGCAAAACCAGCGUCACUCAGACCCACCUGGAAGAUGCAGGGGCUGCUAUAGCCGCUGCCAAAGCCGCAGUGCAACAACUCCGCCUUCAACCAAGUAAAAGACGCAAAUAA